AUGUUGAUCAAAAAUUUCUCCAAGAGCCUUGGGCUCUUGCAGCUGCUUGGGACAUUAGUUUCUGGUACAUCGGCUUCUUCAUCGAGCAAACCACUCUACAAGGAUGCCAGUGCACCAGUGGAAGAAAGAGUCAAGGAUUUACUGGGAAGGAUGACAAUUGAGGAGAAAAUGGCCCAACUGAUGCAAGGUGAUGUCACGAAUUGGUUGAACGAUACCUCCGGCGCAUUCAAUUACAGUGGGUUGGUAGCAAAUAUGGAGGAGAAGGCCGGCAUGUUCUAUGUGGGCUACCCAAUUUCGUGGGAAUGGCUCGCGGAGAAUAUAAAGAGAGGCCAGGAUUAUCUGAUGCAGAAUACUACUCUUGGUAUUCCGGCAUUGGUUCAAAGUGAAGGUCUUCAUGGCUUUUUGAUUGGCAAUGCUACUAUUUUUAAUUCUCCCAUUGGCAUUGGGUCCUCCUGGAAUCCUGAUCUUGUACGGAAAAUGGGUGAAGUUAUUGGAACAGAAGCUGCUGCUCUGGGAGCAAACCAGCUGUUCGCCCCAGAGGCUGAUCUAGCUCGUGAGCUUCGAUAUGGUCGUGUCGAAGAAACAUUCGCCGAAGAUCCCUUCCUAGCUGGAGAAAUCGCUUAUAGUUACGUCACGGGUAUUCAGAGCAAGAAUGUGUCAGCCAUGGUCAAGCAUUAUGCGGCCUACAGUAACCCCGAACAAGGCUUGAACACUGGUCCCGUUCAUGGCGGAGAAAGAGAAUUGCGUACAACAUGGCUCCCUUCAUACAAGCGGGCGAUUAUCGAUGCUGGAGUAUGGGGUGUGAUGGCUGCGUACUCUUGUUAUGAUGGAGUCCCAAUGGUUGCAAACUAUUUGACUCUUACCCAGAUCCUAAAGGAGGAGUGGGGAUACGAGGGUUUUGUCAUGACCGACGCCGGUGGUAGUGACAGACUGUGCAGUUACUUCAUGAUGUGCGAGGCAGAUCCAAUUGACAUGGACUCCGUGACCACACAAAUGUUAGACGCUGGUAUUGACGUUGAGAUGGGAGGUGGUUCCUUCAAUUUCCAAAAGAUUCCAUCCCUGGUUGAGUCUGGCAAGCUUGAUGUGUCCCUCGUCAAUGCCGCUGUGACGAGACUUCUCCGUGUGAAAUUUGAGAUGGGUUUAUUCGAGAGCCCAUAUUCGGCUGCUCCAGAGAGCGAAUGGUCUUCGCUCAUCAAUACGGCAGAGCACAAGCAGGUUGCUCGAGAUCUGGAUAAAGAGUCAAUCGUUCUUCUCGAGAAUCACAAUGAGACACUCCCUCUCAAGAAGUCCGGAAGCAUUGCUGUCAUUGGACCUAUGGCUUAUGGAUUCAUGAAUUACGGUGAUUACGUCGUUUACCAAAGCCAGUACCGAGGUGUCACUCCACUGGAUGGUAUCAAAGCUGCAGUUGGUGACGAUGCCACAAUCAACUACGCUCAAGGAUGCGAACGCUGGAGUAACGAUGAGUCUGGCUUUGAUGAAGCCAUCGAAGCAGCAAAGAAGUCCGAUGUUGCUGUCGUUGUUGUAGGAACCUGGUCGCGCGACCAAGUUCAACUAUGGGAAGGAUUGAAUGCUACUACCGGCGAAGAUGUCGAUGAAGACAACCUUGCCCUCGUGGGUGCCCAAGGGCCUUUGAUUAAGGCCAUUGUCGACACUGGAGUUCCUACCGUUGUGGUUCUAUCCAGCGGCAAGCCUAUCACAGACGCUUGGCUCUCUAAUAGUACCUCAGCACUCGUGCAACAAUUCUAUCCAUCCGAAGAAGGAGGAAAUGCCCUUGCCGAUGUGCUCUUCGGAGACUACAACCCAUCGGGUAAAUUAUCCGUUGGUUUCCCGCAUUUCGUCGGAGAUCUGCCCAUCUACUACGACUAUCUGAACUCAGGUCGUUCGAUCUGGAACUCCGGUUACCAGGAGGGUAACGGAAGCCUUGUUUUUGGGCAUCAAUAUGUCCUCGGUAACCCCCUUCCGUGGUAUCCCUUCGGCUACGGCAAGAGUUACUCUACCUUUGAAUACGGUACUGUUACCGUUGAUAAAAGCACUGUCAAGGCUACCGACACUAUCACUGUUAGUGUUGAUGUCACAAACACCGAUACCACUCGCAAUGCGACCGAGGUUGUUCAGGUCUACAUCUCCGAUGUCAUUGCGACGGUUGUUGUGCCGAAUCGGCAGCUCAAGGGAUUUGAUAAGGUUGUCAUCCCCGCCGGCCAGACUGUUAAAGUACAGAUUCCUAUCAAUGUUGAGGAUCUCGGACUUUGGAACAGUAAGAUGAAGUAUGUUGUCGAGCCGGGUGCAUUCAAUGUGCUCGUUGGAAGCAGCUCUUUGGAUAUCAGAGGAAACACCACCUUUACUGUGGAAUAA